AUGUCUGAGAAAUGGUGGCGUGAACUUGGUGAGGUGCUAGUUCAGGAGGGUUAUCUCACUGAGAAAUCGGUGAGCAAGUUUACCAUUAUAAAACUCGGUGCCAAAGGUUGGACAGCUGUCAAACAAGAUCCAAUAACUGCUAGUAGCAAUGGUGGCGGUGGUAAUGUGUCGAUUAUGAUUCCUUCAACCUCUGGGCUGUUAAAAGAGUACAAGGCAUCAAAAUCAGCUUUGAGAGGCGAAGUACUUGCAAAAGCCGAAGCAAACCGUGCCAAUCUACAACAAAAGAUCAAAGACAAGGCUCCAAUAGUUGAUAUAUCACUCAUCUCUGAACUGCUUACCAGGUUAAUUGUAUUUAGAAAACAAUUGUCGUCACAACUCAAUAUUCCACCCUAUAUUGUCUUCUCUGAGAAGUCACUUCGAGGAAUAUCACAAACUAGACCAUUGACACUGGAGCGACUACAACAAAUCGAUGGAAUGGAAGUGAAAAAGGUAAAAGAUCAUGGUCAAGCAAUCAUUUCAAUUGUUGAACAGUUUUGUAAAGAGAAAUCAAUAUUUGAUAAUAAUAAUAAUAAUAACAAUAAUAAUGGUAGUAUAAGUCCAGGAAAGAAAGUGACAACUGUAUCACCACCUUCUCUUAGACGACCAUCAACAGGUUUGAAUUUAUAUAAUGUUGUUAUCAAUUUGGACGAUGAAGAUGAACAGGAUCAGGAGCAAAUUGAAAUUGAUAAAGAUAAUGAUUCUGAAGAUGAGGACCUGGAAGAAUCAAAGUCAUUGUUAAAUGUGAAAAGAAAAAGGGAUAUAGAAGAGGAGCAAGACGAUCAACCUGAUGAAGAUAUGAUUGAUGAUAGAGAUUCUAUUUUCAUGGACGAUAUUGAUUCAUCUUUUCAAGAGCAAUUGGAUCAACAUAUUGAAAAGAAGAAUAAAUUAUCAACACCAACAACAUCAGCAUCAACAACAACAACAACCACCACAACAUCUACAACAACUACAACAAAUAUUUCACCAUCCGUUUCUAGAAAUGGAUCAGGUUCACUUAAACUUCUACCACUUAUUCCUAGAGCUUCUUCGAAAGAUAGUAUUUUAUCUAGUAAAAUCCCUCCAGAUACAUCGGAUAGCACCUAUUUCAUCUACUCAUUCAAUAACAAGAUCGAUACACCCGAUACAGCAAGACUGUUAUCCAUUUUUAAAUCUAUGAGAGCCAAUUCUCUUUCUUCAAGAUAUAGCAAUUAA